AAACAAUCACGAGUCGAGGAGCACACACUUUGUUCUCACAAAAUUCACAUUAUUUCCGGAGCGAAAAUAUCCUUAUAAUAGGAAUACAACAGUGGCAAGAUGCCAGAAGCUCUGCUAGGACUGGAGGAUUCAGAAAUAAAAUCUAAAGAAAGAUGUAUGUUCAAGUCCCAAAUGUCCAGACCAAGUUCACCAGUGUUACCUACUUACAAAUAUACCAGUUUGAUUGACAGAAUACAUAAACGAGCUGAAUCGGGCGAUCCAUUCUUCUCACUAGAGUUCUUCCCACCCAGAACCUACAAUGGUGCAGUCAACCUUAUUGCACGAUUUGACCGUAUGAGCGAAGGUCAGCCUCUAUUCUGUGACAUCACAUGGCAUCCAGCGGGUGAUCCCUCAUCGAACAAACCUACCAGCUCAACAAUGAUAGCUGGAACUAUGUUGAACUACUGUGGCAUAGACACCAUGCUACACAUGACCUGUUGUAAUUGUACAAAGGAACACAUUACUGCGUUCCUUCAAAAGGCCAAAGAUCUGGGAAUCAGGAAUAUUCUAGCACUGAGAGGUGAUCCCCCACAAGACGAAGAUUGGGCCCCGACUGAAGGUGGAUGCAACUAUGCGACUGAUCUGGUUAGACAUAUCAAACAAGAGUUUGAUGACCAUUUUGUGAUAUGCGUCGCAGGUUACCCAACCGGACAUCCAGACUGCACUUCCUAUGAAGAUGAUCUCAAGUACUUGAAAGAGAAGGUUGACGCUGGAGCAGAUUUCAUAAUUACCCAACUCUUUUUCAAAGCUGAAACGUUCUUGUCAUUUGUAAAAGACUGUCAAGCCAUCGGAAUCAAAUGUCCAAUCAUUCCAGGGAUCUUGCCUAUUCAGGCAUACCAAUCUCUCCGACACAUUGUGAAACUUUCCCGUUUAGAAGUCCCUCAAGAAAUUCUUGAUGCAAUCAACCCAAUCAAAGACAAUGAUGAAGCUAUUAGAAACUUUGGCAUAGAUAUGGCUGUUGAACUAAGUAAGACUUGUCUAGAUAGUGGCCUAGUACAUGGUUUACAUUUCUAUACAUUAAACCGUGAGGUCGCCACGAUUGAAAUACUUAAGAGACUUGGUAUGUGGUGCGAGGAACCACGACGAUCGCUUCCCUGGAAACCAACUGCCAAUCACACACGGUGUACGGAAGAUGUUCGACCAAUAUUCUGGAGGUCCCGACCAAAGAGUUAUAUUCACAGGACUUCUAACUGGGAUGAGUUUCCCAAUGGCAGAUGGGGUAACUCAUCUUCGGCAGCAUUUGGGGAAAUCACAGACUAUUAUUUGUUCUAUUUAAAAUCUAAAACUCCCAAAGAGGAUCUGCUUAAGAUGUGGGGACAAGAGUUACAGACUGAACAGGAUGUUUGGGAUAUUUUCCACAAGUACAUCACUGGGGAGGACAAUGCUCAGGGCACAAAGGUGACAUCAUUACCAUGGAAUGAUGAUCUGUUAUCCCCAGAGACUGGUUUGAUUAAGGAUAGGCUUGCAGAUAUCAAUAGACGUGGUGCUCUAACAAUCAAUUCACAACCAAAUUGCAAUGCAGUGUCAUCAAGUGAUCCUGCCCUGGGCUGGGGGAACAAAAAUGGAUACAUCUUCCAGAAGGCAUAUUUAGAGUUUUUCACUCCCAGAGAGAAUGUUGAUGCCCUGAAGACAGUCUUGCAGAAAUAUUCUGAUCGAGUUAACUACCACAUUAUAAACAACAAUGGUGAAGAGGACUACUCCAACUGUGAUUCAAUGGAGCCUAUAGCUGUCACAUGGGGAGUUUUCCCUGGUAGGGAGAUCAUUCAGCCAACAGUAGUUGAUCCAAUAGCCUUCAAACACUGGAAGGAUGAAGCUUUUGGUCUUUGGCAAGAAAGCUGGGGUCAUAUUUACCCUGAUGAUUCAGUGUCUCGCAAAACCAUAGACUUUAUACACGACAAUUACUACCUAGUGAAUCUAGUGGACAAUGAAUUUCCACUUGAAAGUUGCCUCUGGGAUGUAGUGGAUGAGAUGUUCAUUGAGGCGGAGAGAAGUCACAAAACAUUGCCAGUAUCUAGUCAUGGAGAGGGAGAGCCAAUGGAACUGGGAAAUACUACGUCACUGAGCUCCUCAUAAAUACAUCCGCACAUAUCAUAGAGCAGUCAAGCAGGGAAACGAUAUAGGAAACAAAUGUGACUGUACAUAAACUGGUCCUAAAUUAGCAGGGUACUUACAUAUUAACUGAGAUGAGACAUUUUAUAUUUACUGCAAACGGCAGUAUAAGAUGACAAAAUGUAAAACAAACAUUAACUUUAUUGUAUUUAAGUUAAAUGUACAUUAUUUAUACUUUUAUUCCUGUCUUGGUAAGAACACCUAUUAUUGUUGAAGUGUUUGCUUUAGCAAAUGCUGCUAUUAUUAUCAAUAUUAUAUAUCAAUAUGAUUGUGAUCAAUGUGUGUAGCAAACUAUAUUGUAAGAUAUAAAAUUGGGGUAUUUAAAUAUGGAUUUGAACAUAUCUUAUGGCUGUGUUUUAGCAACCAUUUGAAGUUCUUUAUUAAAGUUCUGAUAGCGCUAAAAUCUCUCGAUAAUGAUUAUUAGAAAAAAUUCAUCCACCAAAAUAAUUGGAAAUACUAGAAUGUUACUAUUUGUACAUUUAAGCUACUUUUUAUGUAUAAUGAUCAUUCCCCAGUAUGACUUAAAUGCAUGUAACCUACAAUGGGUACACAAAAAAAUUAAGAACUUCAUAGUUUCAAAUGAUUCUAAAAAGGUACAGUUUAUCUGUAUUUCUUGGAUUCAGUUUGAAAAAAUUUUGGUGCUGUAGAUUCGCUACAUUUGUUUCAAAAUUUGGUUGCGAAAUUUAAGUGGUGCUGCUAUUAAAACAGCAGUAAAGUUAGACUGCUGAUGUAAAAUAUUAAGGAGUGGAGUGCCAUUGUAAAAUAAUGACGAGUGGACUGUAAAGUACAAUGUAAAAUAAUGAGGGGUGUAUUGCCAAUGUAAAAUAAUCUGGGGU